UGUUGUCACUGGAAAGCUAUCAUUGGAUAGCUAUAGGAUGCUCUAGCGGCUUAAACUACUAGUAGUCUACGGAAGUUGCACCUGUGGGUGGCAGAAAAUCGCGUGUUUAUUUUGGCUUUACAGUAAUCGUACUCCGAAUUACGAUCUGGAAGUCACAAACAAAAACUGAAAAACCAAAAACCGUUCUGAUUUACAAGAGUAGUAUUCAAUCACUAUGUCUUCGUUCAUGGACGACGGCUGGGGCGACGACGAAGACCUCAAUAUCAGUGAUAGUAUUGCAGACAGCGGUGACGGACUUGUGGACGACGGAAAUAUCGAACCGACUGCUAACAGAAUAGGUGAUGGAUGGGGAGAUGACGAUGACUUUUUCAACGAUGACAGUACCGACGAAGGUCUCCCUCCCGCUGUUCCUGCAGCACCGUCUACAGAGUCAAUGACAGUCCCUGUGACAUCUUUUGACACCAAUAUGGAUCCGAAAGGAAACGAAAAAGAAGCUUUGGGAGCCACAUCCACUCAAGGUUUCCAAAACCGAAACAUCAUUCCACCAACACCGCACCACGCGCAAACAGAAACCAACCAAAAUCCACAACAUUCCCAGACCUUGACCGAGCUUUCGCACUACGUCGCUUCUCUGGAGAGAAUCCUUUCUUCAAUAAACGCCGUUUUGGAGUUCGAAUACAACACUUUUCAAAAGGCGGAGGAGCUGGUUGAAUACUACCGAAGCAGACCACAGCUUGCAGAAUACACUAGAACCAAAGAACUCGAAAGGAUGAACUACGAGAUUGUCUUACCCAACGGGCACGUCGAGACCAAUAAAGACAAAAUUGUUAUCGAUGAUCUAUUGCCAGACCAUGCGAUUGUUUCGCGUGCAGCUAACCAGUCAUUACUGGCUGAUCUUUUGCAAGUCAUCACCGGUCAUGAUCUGAUUGUAAGGCCACAAUAUUUUACGGUUUGCGUUGCUACGUGGUGCAAAUUCACGAUCCACAAAGGGGAUAACGGAGCAGACAUCAUCGAUUGUCGAGCAAAGUUGUCUCUAUCGUUGCCCACGGAAGAAGGAGAUCGCUUGCUUAUCGCCGAGGUCGAUGUUUGUGUUCUGUUUUCUCCCGGCCAACCAAUGGUAGAAUUCACGGUUCGAGGAAUCAAUGUUCUUUUGAAAGAUUAUUCGAAACUUGCUGGAGUUGCUGAAUUUCUGAAAGCGAUCGAAGGUAGUAACGAAGAUGACGAACUCCUGACGAACGCAUCGCCCGAUAUGUACCGCGAUGCGUUCCUGGAAAGAUCCCAACGUUUAUUUUCUUUAUCCUCGGAAGGUAUGAUGUCUGCUUUCCAGCAAGUAGAUUCCGUUGUCAAUAUAAAAGGAAAGCUGAAGAAAAUUUCCAGCUUUAUACCAGAUACAGACCAGCUACUGCAGGCAGAGCAAGAAGCGAUAGCCUUUGCGGAAGCCAGAAAAGAAGAACUGCAGAAACACCAACAUUCAGUGGCUUCGUUAGGUCGUCCUACACCACCGCCCCCUAGAACAUCUAAUACUCAAUUUGAUCAACCGUAUGAAAACGCAACGCAUGGGAAGGAUGCAGAACGACCAAAAUCGAUCCUUGGUGGCCUUGUCCGGAGUGGAUGGAAAACUUUAGCAAACUCAGUGACUCUUCCCGACGACGAUCCCUUGAUUUACGGUGAACCUGCGCCACCUCCACCGCCUAAGGUUCCUCUCUACAACAAACCAAUCGAAUCUGCACACAUGCACAGAAAAGAAGUAAUUGUGGAAACUGUGACGUCGAACCUGCUCUGCACCAAAGGCGAUACACGUCUACAAGACGGAAAUUUUCAGAAGCAAAACAAUCCUAGCAAAUUGAAGGCACCACACAUAGAUCACAAUCGGGAAGGGCAUUCAGACAAGGCUUCCGAAGACAAUGGUUUUCACGAAGAUAACGAAAAGGGAAUUCCUGAUAACAAUUCAGCUGGACUGCAUCAACAACCUCCUGUAUCGGUUGAAAGUACGAAAAUCAAAAUCACGGAUAUUCAAUGUAGUGAUAACGAGGCAGAACAGUGUACUAAAGGUGAAAAACCCACAAGGUUCGAUGAAGAGACGAACAAGUUAGAGCCAGAUAAUAGUUCCGACGGUGAUGGUUGGGAUGAUUUCGGUUUUGAUGAUAGCUCAUACGACGUAGACAAUGGCAACGUUGGAGAUGACCAUGAUCUCUCAAAGAGCUCAACAAUGCAAGAACAAGAAGUACAAACAUUUGUUCCUCCCCCGGAUGAAACGAAAGUCGAUCCACUGCCGGUGGCUACUAUGGUCGAUGAGAAUAGGGAGCGAGGCGACGGUAACAUUGAAACUAGAAAACGAUGGGUGAAUCCAAGGCCAUACCGACCCUACAUAAAGGGCUAGACUCUUGACAGUAUUGUAAAUGUGAUGAGAUGAAAUCGAUUUGAAUUCGUGAUCGAAUACUUUGGCUAUUUCCUUGUAGAUAUCUCAGCGCUCUUGGCCUGAACAAUGAUUUAAAUUCGUGGAUAGUUUCGAUAUACUCUUCUUCCGAUGUGCUUGUUGCAUAAUUCAAUUCAUCACUCAAGAUCGACUAUGUUAGGAAAACUAAGGCAAGUGGCGUUUUUCGUUUUUCUAAUAUUGUCUACUUCCGCCACUGAUUUCAGACCGAAGCCUGUAUCUUGCACCAUUCAUCUGUACACCGGUCAACGCAUUUGUUUCACCAAAGGGUACGCAAUACGGUGCAGCGCAGAGUCUCCGUUGUCCGCUAUAUUUUUCAAGGCCUACUGUUACAGUCAUAAAGCCAUUCAGCUUAUAUCAAAACACACUGCAUCAAGUUUUCUAUAAUUUUUAAUUCACGUCGUCCAUGCUUUGCAGCUCCUGAUUCAUACCAGUUAUUUUCUCGCUCAUAAUUUCUCGAGCGCAGUACACGACGUCCAGUUCAAGUGAGUUCGUCAAACAAUUCAGCGAAGAUUACAAUCUCCGCAUGAUCCACCUCCGGAAGAGGACUUUCUCUUGUCACCAGUUCACAUAGUAUGAAGCUCACGAGCACAACUCCUUUUGUGCUCGCGAGUUCAUCGAAUUUUAAUUCGUCAGUUCUUUGGUGCCUUCUUUCUAUAUCUGUGGCACGUGGGUCGGUUUACCAAUGAAUCACAUCGAAGAGACGUCUGCUGCGUGAACUGAAACGACUUGUGUAAAUAAAGCUUAACCAUUGAU